CGAAUCGUUGUCAUUUAGGAAUUAGAUCAUGUGGGUGUUUGAAUCGAGAUCGCAAUCCUUUAACGAUUAGUGUUGAAGCUCUUAUGCAACGAUAGCAAGUGAGAAAUACUUGUGAUAACACAUGCACUGGGCCCCGUCAUACGUUUCAGGUGAAGUGGAAAGCCCCUGCCUGGUUACUUCUCACUGGCUGUCAGAGCGCAGCUUGAAUUCAGGGCGAGGAGUUUUAUUUUUGGCAUGGAAAAGGGGUAGGUCACCAUGUCCUGUUGCUCUGUUCUACUAAUCUUACCCCACCGCACUCACACGGAGUUGGACCCUGCCAGACGCACACUUAAUUGCACAGCAAUACUUGCACAGAUCAGCAUCAUCUCUUUCUUCUGGCCUCACUGUGUUGAAAUGCUGAUGGCUUUAAGUUAUGGUAGUCAGCCUAAUCUGCUUCCACAGCAGUACCCUCCCCCUUUACUGCCAAAACCAGGGAGAGACAAUGCCCGUCUGCAGAAACUUCUGAAGAAAAGUGGCAAAAAGAAAGUCGGCUCCUCCUCUCAGACACCCAUCCCAUUCCGGUCAAACCUGUCCCCAGUAAAUGAGGCCAGCCCUGACCUGGAGCACAGUGACUACUCCACACCUCCAAGGACUCCAGAAACCCCUCUCUUUUGCAAAACCCUCGAGUCUCGAUAUUCCUCCAGCAACCCUUUCUGCGGUCACUCCCCCUCCCCAUACCUAUACCCUGCCAACAGCACAUACUACAGUUCCACACCUACACUGUCUGCGCAGUCAUACUCUUACCCUGCCCGAUCGCUGGAGCACCAGAUAGCACCUCUAUACACAUGCUCAUCUAUCCUUUUUGAUGAUGACUCAGAGCAGGCCACAGACACAGACCCAGAUACAUCCUUUGAGAUAGCCUUCAGUCAAACGCUUCAGUCCAGUUCCUCAAGAGUAAGGACGGCGCAUGGCACAUUCGGCGAACAACAGACCUAUCAAGACUCAGUGCAAAUACAAGCUCCCCCUUUGGCUCCAGUUCGACCUCCUGCUCCAAAUUUGACAUCAGCCUGUGCACUGGGAUCCCAGACACAACCAUCAAUCUCUCAAGUUCCAGUGAGCCAAUCCAAUGUGGAAGGAUAUAAAAACGUUGCACCUGCACUCAUUACUCACACACCUCUCACAAAUAGUCACGUCAUGGAAACAGCUGGGUCACAAUUCAAGACUUUCACAAUGGAGAAAAUAGCUGCUUUUCCACAGACAAGGAUUUAUACUCCAAAAACUUCAUUUUAUGAGAUAUCAAAGCCCCCUAUUCAAGACUCCUGGGCUUGUGCUUCAGCUUUUCAAGGAGAAAUACCAUCAAAUGCAAAACAUCCAGUGACAGAUGUUAAACAAAAUCCAGGGACAAGGUAUGAAGUUCAAAAACCUUCUAGUCAGAUGAAUACACAUGUUUUUGAAGCUUCUGCAGAUAAUCAGCCCUCGUAUGCAUUCAACUCUACAUUAUCCUCCACAAUAGAGGCAGCGGUCUCUACAGAAAACUAUCAGGGACCCACACCUCAAAAUCACUGGCUCCAACCUCCCUCAUCAUUUAGUGUAAAAGCUCAGAGUGCAGCAGUUGAUCAUGAUGAUGGCCUUAAAAAAAUUGCUGUGGAUAAAAUAAUGAAUUCCAUUCCAAAUGGUGUUGUUUUCACCACAGGACUCAAACCAUUCAUUUCUCAUGCCUAUUCUGAGGAAUGCUUGACACCAAAGAUUUCUAAAUGUGAAGUUUCCUUAUCUAAGACCCUUGCUGAGGCUAGUAAGUCCAGCUCUAGAGCAUGUGAGGUGCUGACAUCUACAGUUCCACAGGAGUAUCCAAUGACUAAAACUGAAACUUCAGAAACCUGUAUAAUGACACCAGCCAAGUCUGUUCCAACAGAUGUAAGUCAGGAAACAUCCAUGCCUGCCCCCUCCCAAAACUAUCAAACACCCAGUACUCCUGUAUACUGGUCACCAAGACCACCAGCACGGUUUGUAGGCAACCAGAAGACAUUGCAAAAUGAAGCUAACGUCUCGAAACGAAAGUCAACAUACUACGGUUUGACACCUGCUGAAUAUGUUGCUUAUGGUGGAAUUAAGGUGAAUUCGCUUUGUGAUCUAUCUAUCUCUAAGCCUGAAGUACCAGAAGAUAGAAAAAACAUGACACAUGAGAAUUACAUGUCCAAAACUCCAACCAAGACAUCGCAACAAAUGCUUAGCAUUAAAUCUGAUUUCAAUGCAGAGAAAUCCUCUGCGGAUUCAGAGGCUUUACAGACCUCAGUGGCAGUGCUGCCCUCGCAAAUCGCAAUGACAAACCAAGCAAAGGUACUAGUAACUGACAAAGCUGAAAUAGACACUAUUAAUAAUCCCACAUCGGAAAUAGCAGAUACGAGUUUAAAGGAACAAGAGACAAUCCCUGGAGUACAACCAAGGCCUCUAGCUGCUUUAAAUCCUGAAGAUGCAAUGUACCAUGUGCUUCAAAAUACACCUUUAAGAAUGGCUGUAAACCCCACUGCUGUAGCAGAGGCUCCUAGACAACGAAUUUCAGGAUCUACAGACACCCCCACCCCUCCUUUUGCAGCAGAGGGGAAAAAAAUGCCUACUUACCCUUUUCCCCUGGUGCAAUCAAAUAUUCCGAACUCAAAUAUAACCGGAUUGUUAACAAAGAAUUUUUUGUCGGUUCAAAAUAUCCCAUUGCAAACAGUGCAGUCAGAGAAUGCACACAGAUCUAUAUAUCCAACAGAAAGUUUUAAUCCUGCAUCAGUGAAAAUGAUGCAGUCACACGUUUCUGCAAAUCAAGAGCAGAAAACAAUGCCAUGUUUUUCCAAAUGUUCUUUAGAAACUUAUUCUGCUAUCUGUGAUUCUUCUUCUGCCAUCAUUACAGGCAAUCAAGUCCACAAUAUCACAAACACCAACAAUGAAGGUUUUACUGUAAAUAAAAUCUCAACAAAAUCAACCAAUAUCACAGACUCUAGAAUGCCAUCUGCAGACACCAGAAGUUACACUAAAGUCCCUCCAGAUAUUAAACCUUCAGCCCUCUCAAAGCCAGAGGAAACUAAAUCUACAGCACACUCAAGGUUAGGUUCAUCUAUCUUUACAACCCCAUCAAAGACAGAAAUAACCAGACAUGAAGCUUCAUAUAUGUCUAAUGCAGCCAAUCCUGUAGUUUUGCCCAAAUCAGAUAUAUUUAAUCAUCAAAGUCCCGCUAAAACAGAUAUAUUUAAUACUGCAAGUCCCUCUAAACCAGAGGCGUCUCAACUUGCAAAUACAUUAAAAUCAGAUGUAGUUCACGCUAAACCAGGAGCAAAUAAAACUGAAGUUUUAUUAAACCCAAAUUCAACACCUCCUUCCUUGAAAUCCACUACUAAAAUGAACAAAAACACAGAAGAAACCAAAGGUCAGCCGAUGCAGAAACAUGACAACAACAUGGAAUCUAUUCUAAGCCCUUCCAACAAAAGAAAUACAUCAUCCAAAAUCCCCUCAGAUGGACAGGUAUUUUCACCUCCACCUUACAGUGAGGCUCUAGUCACCCACUUGGCAAUGGAUAAAUCUUCUAAACAAGACAAUGGCAUUGAAGACUUAAUACCCCUCAGUGGUGUUAUAAAAGACCCAUCUAUAGAUUUGGAAUCAGCCAUGCAGGACUCCAAUAAAACCAACACUGAUUUCAAAGCUGCAGCUAAAGUUAAAGUUGAAUCUGAAUCAAUCACUCCAACAACACUACAAAGCAAUUCAAAAGUAGCGAUCAAACCAUCAAAUAAUGUACACCAAGACCCCAAAUCGAAUAUGGAUAGCAUGCAGUCCAAAUCCUUAAAAUCUGACACUCAAAAGGCUUUACCGUGUUCAAAUGUCAAGACUUUUCGAAAAGCUCCAAGUGCAGAAAACAGUCUUGCUGCCAUGCUUCUCAAGGCCGCCAAAUCUCUACCACUCUCUUCAUCUGAGGAAAGCUGUGCUAAAUCCCAGACAGAAGCCAAAGCAUCUAAUAUGGAUUUAAAGGCACAACAUAUACCUGCUCAGGAUUGUAUCACAGAUGCUGAAGUUAAAGUGUUAAAGUCUGAUACCUCAAAACCUCAGAAGUGUUCAAAAGAUGCAUUAGCCACUGAAAGACAAAAUGAGGCUGUAGACACUGACGUUGUCAAGUUUAGCAAAGAGACUUCCUCUGAACCCACACCAGAUGAUCAGAAGAGACUAAAUGAACCUAAGGGUGCUCAGAAACCCAAAGGCCUGAAGGCCAAACUCAGUGGCUGGACAAGGCUGAAAAAGCACAUGGUUGUUGAACCUGAUGCCCCCAGUUUUCCAGAGCCUGAUGAAGAGAAAAAUGCCCAGAAAGCAGAUAUAAAAAUAAGUAGCGAAGACAAGUCUGCAAGGGCCAGAGAAGAGUCAUCGAGCGGGCAGGAUAUGGUAAAGAAGAAAGAUGAGCCCAGGGUAACAAAAAUGUGGGAUGCUGUGCUUUUUCAUAUGUUUGCCACAAAGGAGAACAUUAUGAAGCAGAUACAUAGCAACAAAUCUGAGGAAGAGCGGAAAAACAUAGAGAAGGAUGGCCAGUUAGUCCCAUCCUUCGUCCACCGUCUGCCCAUCCUUCUCUACAGCCCCCGCUUCAAUGCCCGGAAGCUGAAGGAGGCAGCUGCAAAACCUCUCAACAAAAUAGCUACAGCCUUUGAAAGAGGGCUGCUAAAUCGCAAACAGAAAGGUGAAGAGCCGAAAGACUUCAACAGAACAGCCAAAGGAUUCAAUACAUCUACAGGAAAAAUGGCAGAUGUUUGAUGGAAUUUCAAAUGUACAGUGUAAAGUUGAUUUCAACUACAAAAUGACCCAAUUAUGUAGUACUGUAGUGCUGUAAAAGUAACUUCCUUUUUCUUUAUGAAAUCAAUGACGAGACAAACAAACUAUGCACCGCACUCCACUCUGAGCAGUGCAGUAGGGGGCUGGUCAGCAGAAAAUGAGGCCAAGUGCAUUCCUUCAUUGAGAGGGCGACUGAUGGGUGCAGCUGUUCGGGAUGUGGUGAGUGAGGAAGUGAGCAAGGGCUGAAAACGUAAAGGUGAGAAUGAUCAAACAAGGAAAGUGGCUCAGAGAGCACUGUGGAUGGAUCCUGGGUUUAAGUUUGCUUGCAUCAGCUGAGCUGGAUGGUGUGAGCAGACGUGUUUUGAAUAGAGUUUUAGAACGUGACGUCCUAAACGGUGUCAAGAGCUCUGCUCAGAAUGAUUUAUGGCCGUGUUGUUAAUUUCAAAAAGGUCAGAGGGAAAGUGGAAAGUGGAAAGGUAUAACUAGAACAUGAAGGAUGGAAACUGAAAAAAAAAUGAAAAAAAUCUCAAUUUGUUGAUCACAAAAUAAGACCUUAAAAACUAGUUUCAGAUGUGUUAUUUUUCACUUUGUUUUGGUUUAAAACCAUUUGAGUUUUGGAUGUUUUCUUACACAUUUCUAGUGAAAUGUUGCAAGUGAUUUCAUGCUUAUGGUUUCAUUUGUUGUUCGGUGUCACAAAUAUUCAUUAGACUGAUAGAUAACAGGCAUGUGACAUUUACAGAAUACUACCCAGGGCU